UGUUUCAAUUUUCACGAUAACCCGACCCGUCCGAUAAUAUGAUUUGAUUUUCUUCUUCUUCUUCUUCUUCUUUUUUUUUCUUACUUACAACGCGAGUACUUGAUGAGAUUAAGUUUAAAAGAAAAAAGAGGAAAAAAUAUAUAAACUCGAGUGAAGUUGUUGUACGUGUUACACAUUAUUAACGUAAGGUCAUUGCAUCCUUGAGUGGCAUCUCUCUCUCUCUCUCUCUCGCGUGCGCGAGUGGCUGCAUCGUGUACAUAAUGACUCUCUCGGUGCAUUAACGCUGAUUGCGGAUCGAAGAAAAGUAAGUUUCGAAAUUCGAGCAAGAUAAAAUAAUCCGUGCAUUCGAGACAGCUGGACAAAAAAAAUGGGAUACGCAACGAUGCUGCUUCUUCUGGCAGCGAUCUUCAGCCUCGGUCACUGCUAUCACUACGCACCGAUCACGCCCAAAUCGCCGGUAUUCCCGUUCCGAUCGCGAGAAGACAUCGACUAUCGUCACGAUCAUCAUCAUCAUCGCGAUCAUCGUCGCCACGAUAAUUACUACGAUGGAAUCUCCACGGACGAGCAUAAAUUUCAAGCGGGUAGCGCGCCCUUCCCGCCGAUGAGCCGCUUUCCUCGCCAGUACCGCCUCGAGACCGUCUUCCAGUGGUCCUACCUCGACUGGGUGCAGGGCGCGGUCGAGCGCACCGGCAAGAACUUCACCCUGGGCAAUCCACUGACGCAGGACGUCGACAUCGACUCGAGAGGUCGAGUCUUCGUCACGAGUCCGCAGUGGCUCGAGGGUACUCCGGUUACCCUGUCGCUCAUCACGAAUCAGAACGGCCUGGGCGGUCCCCUGCUCACGCCCUACCCGGACUGGACUUGGCACAAGGCGGGCGACUGCGACAGCAUCGUUUCCGUUUACAGAGUCGCGAUCGACGAAUGCGAUCGACUGUGGAUGGUCGACACCGGCAGCGCAAGCGGCAAAUCCGUCUGCCCAUCAAAGAUCUUGGCUUUCGACCUCAAAACCGAUAAGCUGCUUCUCAAGUACAUCAUCCCCGAGCGUCAAACGGUGAACAACGAAGCAUCUUACGUUAAUCCUAUUGUGGAGGUCGGUAAGACUUGCCAAGACACGUACCUCUACGUCGCGGAUGUUCUCAAGCACGGAAUUCUCGUCUAUGAUCUGAGAUUGAAUCGAUCCUGGAGGCUGAAUAAUACCGUUAACAAUGCAUUUGGUAACGAUCCCGAAGCAGGAAAAAUUACGAUCGAGGGAGAGAGCAUUGAUCUGACGGAUGGUACCCUGGGUAUGACUCUGACGCCGCGUGGAUUAUUCCCUAAGAGGUAUCUGUACUUCAACUCUCUGGCGAGCUUCUAUCAAAAAGUCCUCGAAUCCGACUCGCUCAAGCGCAGCUUCGUCUACGAGCCCAUAAUGUAUCAGUCACUCGCGAAACGCCAGAGCCAGGCCGGCGUCCAGGCCAUCUCCAAGAACGGCAUCAUGUUCUUCCAGCUGGCCGAGUUCACCGCCCUGGCCUGCUGGAACGUGCGCCAGCCCUUCAAGCCCGAGAACGUCGUCGUCGUGGCGCGCAAUCCCCGACUGCUGCAGUACAUCAGUGGCAUGAAGGUCCUGGUCAAUGCGGAGGGUACCGAGGAGCUGUGGUUCAAUACCAAUAGGCUGCAGAAGACCAUCAACAAUUCGAGAAAGAUCAACGAGAUCAAUUUCAGGCUGAUCAGAGGAAGCGUCGAUGAUUUGGUGGAGGGCACCAAGUGUCAGCAGAACGACGCGAGCGGUGCCGAGUUCCGCGUGGAGGACGGAUGGCAACGAAUUUAGAAAUCGAAUUUUGUAAAGGAUUUUUUUACUUUCACUGUAAAUAAAUCAAUUAGACUUGAAAAAACACAAUUUAAAACUCCAUUUCAUUUAGUUUCAAAUUAAAUGUACCGACUCGAUUUAUAAAAUAUCUCGUUUAUUAUAAUCUGUAUUUAUAAAUCUUUUCUUUUUUGUAUAUUGCAGUGCACGUUUCGUCUGUAUAAAGUAAAAUAAAAAACAAUAAAUAUAAUAAAAAUAUUUUACACGAAUAAAUUUUUACAAUUAAAAACAAGAAGCACAUUAAAGCUCAAGCUAAUAA